AUGGAAUGCCCUUUUCAUCCACUGCGACAGACAUCAUUAUCAUACCCCGUAUGGCAGUAUACUAUGAUCGACGAAACUUUGCCUUCUGAAAAACAACUCAAAAAGUUCUUCGAAAAGGAUGUUUUGUGCUGGGAAAAAGCAAAUCAGUUGCUUCAGAAAACAUGGGCGGCAAAGAUAAAGAAGAGAAACAAACUCAAAAAGAGAACGCUAGGUGCAGAAGUAGAUAAAACGAUACAAGCUCUGAACGAUACCCAGCCAUCGCGGACGGUACAAACUGUGGACGAGCUUAUACGAAUAGCAAAGGAGACAUAUGGCAACUACCAAAAGCAAAGAGGAGCUGCAGAGAAGGUCUUCUUCAACAUUGCUUCAUAUUUUGAGAGGCACUCCCAGGUCAUCGAUGUUUUCAUUCAACAGGAGCCGAAAUUCACAGCACUUAUCUGGGGUUCGAUACGCUACCUUCUACAGGUUGUCGUAGACUGCAAAGAGGCGUCAGAAGUAACGGCGAACGGCAUAUUUCUCAUUGCACAACAUGCGGAGAGGUGGUCAAGAAUGGCGAAAAGCUUCGGGGAUAGACAAGGAGUAGAAGAGGCCACGGUAGACUUAUACUACCAUGUUCUCGACUUCUUGCACUCUGCCAUUGAGCGCUUUCAACGAGAUAAGCUGACUAGACUUCAAGCGUCGUUCUUCAAUAGCGCCAGACGAGAGUUUGAGACAAAAGUCGCUAAGUUGCGAGACGCAGCAGAAAGGUUGGACAAGGAAGUAGAUUGGGAAGGAGCUCGGAAGAUGAGAAUGGACACCAGCCAAAUUUACAACUGCAUUAGUGCAUUGGCUAGUCCAGUUGCCAAUCGCCCAAAAGGUCUUGAUGUUGCAGCCUCGGAUGCUCAGCCCAAGUGGCUCACUACGCACCCAACGUACCAGAAAUGGCGAGCAAAUAGAUUCCCGAGCCCACUUUGGAUAGUGGGUAAGCCAGGCGCGGGCAAAUCAGUACUCGCCCAUCAAACUUCCAGUUCCUUGUCUCAAUCAGGGCACACCGUCUUCACGCACGCCUUCCAGUGCAACGUGUCCUCACAGAAGCGGGGCAGGGCCAGCCUUCCAAUUUCAAUCCUUGCCCAGCUUCUUCCUUCAACAUAUCCAGUUCAAGAUUUUCAAACCCAAGUUUUUACAAAGCUUGUCCCUUCAUAUAAUCAGUAUAAGCCACGAUUUGAAGAAUGUCCCUUUGAGCAGCUAUGGCCUCACUGUAUCACCCUUCUAGAGAAAGAAGGAGAUUUCGUGCUGCUCAUAGAUGCUAUCGAUGAAUGUAAUUUCAGCAACCAUGCGCAAGCAGAUGAGCUCCUGGAGUGUUUUCAACAGGUCCUGGACCGCACAAGUGGAAAGAUUAUUAUCUUUUCUCGCCCUAGCGAUAUGUUUGGCUUCGGAACCUCGUCAGAACCCCCCAUGAAUGAGAUCAGAAUCACCGAAGAAGAUACCCUACCUGAGAUUAUGGCAUUCUGUGCUUCAGCACUAAGGAAUUUGAAAUUCACAGAUGAGAUGAAGCUUCAGGUGACCUCCCGACUCAACCGCGAUGCCAACAACUUUUUGUGGGCUACAAAAUUCCUACAGCAGUUGGAAACUGCUCGCAAGAUGGAGACAUUUAAAGCAGUUGUCGAAGACUGGCCCAAUGAUAUCUGGGGCGUUUACACCAAAGUUUGGCUAGAUAGGCUAAGCAGCCUUGAUGACGAGAAUAAGUCGAUUUGUCAGGAGAUAUUUUUAAUGUUGCUUGGAGCUCGAAGGGAAUUCAAGAUCGAUGAAUUGGACGCCGCUCUUGGUUUAAUUCCAGGCUCGGGCAUUGCCAAGUUUAUUACUUCAACACAUUGCCAACCUUUGAUUCAGGUUUUUGAUGGCAGUGUGAGCCUCAGUCAUGCUUCUGUCCGAGAUUUCCUGCUCAGUGGAGUACUCGGUGACAUCAGAUUCUCCAAAUCAGGCCCCGACGCGACUUUGGCUCGGAAGUGUCUUGAGUUUCUCAUUAGAGAGAUUUAUGGAAGUCAGGACCGCAUCGGUCAACGUCUGAGGAAGAACAUUGGAGCUGGUGUUUCCGACCCUAGCGACGACAAGAGCUUUUACGAAUAUGCUGCUCGCUACUGGUACAUUCAUCUCACAGCCCUCUCGGCUCCCGACCAAAGUUUAUUGGAACUCGCCAACAAAUUUCUACAUCUACUCCACUUCGCCUACUGGGCUGAAUACUCGAUCACGGAUAGUGGUGACUUCCAAGCUAUCCGGUCAACAGAGAUUACUUUGACGGUUUGGUCAAAUAGUUUGAGUUGUCGUGACAGAUCUCUGAUACACCUGGAUGACUACUUUGAGUGCCCUUACCGAAAUCUUGCUAGAGUCUUCAAAGAAAAUGAAGAAGACAAGGAAUUACAAUGGCUAGCUUUGAUGCAUCUUGGGUUCUAUUACUACGAUAAGGGAAGGAUGACUGAAAUGGCAGAAGUUCGUAGGAAGGUCGCUGCUGGGCUUAAGGAUCUCCUUGGACCACGUCACCCUCUAGCGCUUCAAGCGUCUGCAGAUGCAGCAUACACAUUUCUUUUCAACAACGAACUCCGGGAAGCCCAAAGACUCUUUGCCGAAUUAGCCAGUGUCCAGCGUGAAGUUGGAGGUCCAGACGAUGCCAGUUCCUACUUUACGCUUGUUUUCAAGGCUCAGGCUGAAUAUCUCAUGCUUGACUCGCUGAAAGCACUUAAUACGCUUACUGAUUCUUUGGAGGGUUUCUUUCGAACACUAGGUCCAGGGAGCAAUGGCUAUCUGAUAGCUCAAUUAUGGUAUGCUGUUGCUAAUGCAUCAGCUGGUCAUAUUGAACAAGGCAUCAAACUACUGGAGUCCGUGCGUGACAAGCGAAAGGAACAGUAUGGGCCGAAGGACUCUUUUGGAAUUACUACACAGAUCUUCCUGGGAGAUUUAUACCGAAAAUUGGGCUCCGAUGAAGGGGCUCUGCAAAAUAUCCUGCCUGCACUUAGCUUUCGACGUAGCUUCUGGCAACUCUCUCACUUUUUGACGCUCGAUACAGCUCUUGUGUUGGCAAUCACAUACAGAGAUUUUGGUCGACAGGAUGAAUCAGCUGAAAUCAUCGAAGAGCUUGAAACCAACGGGGGGCUGGACAGAGAGCAAAACAUAAUACGAGCCUGCCAAGUCAAGCAUAUGAGGGCCCUGUGGUUGUUCGAGGAUGGACAACUCGACAAGUCCAUUGGGAUACUGGAGUUAUUACUCAUCGAGAUUGACGAGAAGCACAAUAACAGGGCCCUGCAGUGGGUUCGGCUCGACCUUGCAUAUAUGCUCAGAUACAGAGGAAGAGAUGGCGAUGAGAAUAACGCAAGCUCACUCUUCGAUGGUAUUGUUACAGAUGAUGCAAACGAUCCUGACGAUGAGCCAGAUCCACCAAGAUGGCUGGACAUUGCGGAGCGGGCGCUUAAAUUGCUACGGAAAGGAAAUACUGACGGAGCAAAUGAUCUUCUCGGGAGGGAGAAAUUGCGUUGGGCUCGUGAGGAGACCCUAUGGAUGUGGCUAGGGAUGCCGGCGGCUGAUACAGGAUGGAUGAGGCUGCCAAAAGGCUUGGGUGAUGACAAUAUGUGA